AUUUUUUAAUUUUUGGGUGAGGAUAAUAAUAAUUUUAAUCAUCGUAUGACGCUUCCAGUAGAAUUCUCAGCAAAAAGAAAUUGGCAAGGAAAUAGAAGGAAUCACCAACCGACAUCUAACACAAGUCAAACGGAAAGAAGUCUACGACUCCCACUGCAAUUCAACAGCGUGCCACUAGCCUUUAGCCGCUAUAUACAUACAUAUAUAUGUAUGAAUUAAAUCCAGGUGAACAUCUAACGUAAAAUUCUUCAUCUGUUUUACACCGGCAGCUAACGUUCACCGCCAGUCUAUAACAUCAACCAUCAAUAUUUGACAAAAUUUCCCGUAUUUGUUUAUUAAUCUCAAUGACCUCAACUUAACCCCCCUCUUCAACACUGGUUAUUCCCUUUCUUUUCUCUGUCAGUACAACACGCGGCUUUCUCACCCUCUCAUUUCAUUCUCUUUCCCUCUCUCUCUCUCUUUCUCCCUCUCUACCAAUCGUGAACCUCCGCCAACCGACGCUUUCUUUCUCUGUGUUUCCAAGUUGCGUCCCAGCGCGAUUCCUGCUAAGUGCUCUCUCCCUCUCUCUCUCUCUCUCUGCAAUGUUGAGAAGAUUGUCUUCCUCGGAGCUCAGCCUCUUGUUCAUCUUGGCUCCAACUCUGUUUCUGUUUUGCUUGGAUUGGCUUCCUUCGCUCUCACUUGCUCAACCGCUCAACGACUCAGAUCGGCUCCUUCUGUCCAACGCCUCCGAAUCGAAUGUGUCCACCUAUAAGCCCAAAGAAGGCAGCUUCGCCGACAUGAUUGAUAAAGCUUUAGAGAAUGAGUUCAAGGACAAUGAACAGAACGAAGCUGCUGAUGCCGGAAGUUUUAACAACAGCGUUGCUGGACAGCAGGCAGUUUUGGAAACCGUUGCCAGAGUUAAGUCAAAGAAAAAUGAGACAAAAGAGGAAAAGUCGUUUCAACUGCAUAACGUUUUCAAUCUGGAUAAUGAUAAUGGAGCAGAAGAUACUCCCACAUUGAUAGACAGAAAGGACAAUGUCUUUAUUAUAUCAAAUUUUAAAUCAAAAUAUCCAGUGUUGCAGCUAGACUUAAGAUUGAUAUCAGAUUUGGUAGUUGUCAUUGUAUCUGCAACCUGUGGUGGAAUAGCCUUCGCUUGUGCUGGACAGCCGGUUAUUACUGGAUAUUUGCUGGCAGGCUCAGUAAUUGGACCUGGAGGAUUCAGCUUUGUCAGUGAAAUGGUGCAAGUUGAAACAGUGGCUCAGUUCGGUGUAAUUUUUCUUCUUUUUGCUUUGGGCUUGGAGUUCUCCACAACUAAGCUUCGAGUUGUUCGAGCAGUUGCUGUUCUAGGAGGCUUGCUCCAAAUUUUCCUGUUUAUGUGCCUCAGUGGUAUUACAGCAUCGUUAUGUGGUGGUAAAGCUUCCGAGGGGGUAUUUGUUGGCACAUUCCUUUCGAUGUCUUCAACAGCAGUGGUAUUGAAGUUUUUGAUGGAAAAAAACUCUACCAAUGCCCUUCACGGUCAAGUCACUAUAGGCACCCUUAUUUUGCAGGAUUGUGCUGUGGGUCUGCUGUUUGCUUUGCUUCCAGUUCUUGGUGGGACUUCCGGUGUUCUUCAAGGGUUGAUGUCUAUGACCAAAUUGACCAUGGUAUUGAUCGCGUUUCUGGCUGUUUUGUCAAUUUUAUCUCGGACCUGUGUUCCCUGGUUACUGAAAUUGAUGAUAAGCUUAUCAUCACAGACCAAUGAACUCUAUCAAUUGGCGUCAGUUGCUUUCUGCUUGCUUGUAGCCUGGUGUAGUGAUAAGCUGGGACUAAGUCUAGAACUGGGUUCUUUUGCUGCUGGGGUGAUGAUAGCUACAACUGAUCUUGCUCAACAUACACUAGAACAAAUUGAACCAAUUCGCAAUUUUUUUGCGGCUCUUUUCCUUGCCAGCAUUGGGAUGCUGAUCCAUGUCCAAUUUCUGUGGAACCAUGUUGAUGUAUUACUUGCAUCUGUUAUAUUAGUUAUAACCAUUAAAACAAUCAUCGUCACUGCUGUUGUUAAGGGAUUUGGUUACAACAACAAAACUUCACUUCUCGUGGGCUUGUCGCUCGCACAGAUAGGGGAAUUUGCUUUUGUUCUUCUCAGUCGAGCUUCCAAUCUUAAAUUGGUUGAGGGGAAAUUAUAUCUUCUACUUCUGGGGACCACAGCACUAAGUCUGGUAACAACACCACUAGUUUUUAAGCUAAUUCCUGCUGUAGUGCAUCUGGGUGUGCUACUACGGUGGUUCCCUAUUGACAGUUCUAUUGAGGUUGGAUUUAAAGGUGAUAAGGAUAACCUCCGAACUGAAAGUGGAAAGCAGCAGCGUGUUAUUGUGAUGGUCCAAGGACCGCAUGAUUCGUGAGAGAAAACAUCUAUUUUAACCUGAUAUUUUUAUAUACCACAACUAGCUAUCAGAAAGUUGCAAGUUGUGCGGAGUGCCUCUAUUUCCCAGGGGCUAUUCUGUUUCCUGUCAACAAAUCAAGCCAGUUUCUGCAAUGCAAGAAUUCUGCGAGGAUUAUCUAACUGCUGAAAGAACUAACAGAUAGGCUCUUACCAUAAAAUAUUCAUUUUUGCCACUUUACAAUUCUAAAUUCUUUUAAAUGUAAUAUAGUUACAAUCAUGUAAUUUACCAGAACAUUUGAUGUGAUACUUAUUAUAUGACUUAUUAUAUGGCUCCUCAUUUUUCCUC